AUGGCUGCGAAUGAUGAUUUGAUGGAUCUAAUCUUUUCGGCACCCAUAAGUCUACCUGAAGUGAAAGGAAGAAGCACAUCUAAACAAGAUGAAACUGCCGAAGGAAAGGGUAGUGAACAUUCUGAAAAAGAAGGAAGCGUGAGGAAAAGUGAGGAAGGAAGUGAUGCUAAUUUACAAGAUGCUGAUGAAUACGAGCAUCUGAAGGAAAUGCAAAUGAUGUCAACAGAAGCUGAUGAACACACAGCGUCCGAAAGUGAAAAGGCUGAAGAAGAGCAGAUGGAGCACAGAUAUACAGAUGAACUUAGCAAUAGUGAGGAGGAGUCAGUCACAAAGGAUGAGGUCAAAACAGAUGAUGCACUCGACGACUAUGGACAAGAAAAAUAUAUUGAGGAGGAUGUUCACAUUGGCGACGGGCAGGAAGAAGUAAACGAAGACGAAACACAACCGCAUACAGCAGAAAAUUUUUGGGAGUAUGAAAAAAGCCAGGUGAGAAGAGGUACAGAGGCAAUAGAGGAGCCGGAUUUCAAGAUUGAUAUUGAGGAAACUGAGAAUGAAGAAGAGAAUGAAGGAGCAUCGAAAAACGAGCAGGAACACUAUGAACAUGAAGAAUUUGAAGAUGCUGUAUUUGCUGGAACGAAACCGCGAACAUUCGAGCCAAACAAAGAAUCUUCACUCAAAGGUGAGGUUAGUGGAGCACCAGGUGUUCGGAACUUGAAGUCAGUGUUCGAGAAGGAGGACACGAAGGGUGCAAAGUUACCCAGUUCCCGUAGACACCCACCAGUGAUUGAUUAUAUGAACGAACAAGACUACCGUCAACAAGAAAAGAAAAAGCAGGAAGCCGUUAAGCCAGUGGUUAUGAAAAGACAGGAAGUCCGUGAGCCAAUAAGCACGAAGGAAGCAAAACCAGUGGAGGAACGCGCAGUUGUUGAAGAAGAGAGUCAGAGAUCCGUCAAUGAACUUUUGAGUGUUUUCACACCACCACGAGGAAGAAUAUCUGCUGAGACUCGUAAGGGAAAAGAAAAAACGUGGCUUAAGGCAACAAAGUCAGGCCCAGAAGUGCAAAUUGUGGCAGUCGAAGCGAAAGGAACCGCGAAAGAAGUUGGUCGUCCUGAACAAUUGCCAAAUGAGCAUGUUUCAUCAACAACGCAAGAAGCGCCAUCCACUGAGUCGUCAACACUUUCUCCACCACAACGUGUCUAUGUACCACCAAAGCCUGCAGCUGAUAAGUUCCAGUCAAUACGAGUGGUGAAAAAUGUACGGCAAUUCGUCAAGCUCUGGGGUCAAGCUCCCUAUCAUCCAGGUGAUCCACAUCCCCUAUCACCAGUACCAACGCAAGCGCCACAUGAAAAGCAAAUUAUAAAAGUCGUUGAACAUGUGAGUGCUAAAGACAGCAAGAACGAGCAGCACGCUGAACAGAAACACCAGCCAGAAAUUGUUUACUCGGGAGAUGAUACAGCCGAGGAGGUUAUUGACGUGCCAGUAUCCCAAAGACGAAUGAUAUUCGAGACAGCGACGAAAGCACCUCUCGCACGACGCAGAUCAAGCAAGAAAUCGUCACAGGUGGAAAGACGAGCACCACAAGUAAAGAAUGAGAAGAAAGAAACAAAUGAAGUGGAUGAAUCCGUGCAAGGAAACGCCGAACCAGUUUCACGUGAUGCAAUUAAACAGGUAUCGUGA